AUGUCGUUGGCUAAUGAACUAUUCGAUUUUAUUCUCAUUUAUUUAUCACCUUGUGAUGUUGUUAAGUCGUUAACUAGUAUAAAUAAACGACUUGACUUACUUAUUUAUCCAUUUAUACACCGAAUUGAUGUGUCGAAAAAGAAACCAGAAUGGUUAGAAAAGCAUUUAUUAUCAAUGAAACCUUUGAUAACGCACAUUCAAUUUAAUCAUAAACAAUUACGAUCAUUAUUCUCAACAGAAAGCAAAAUUCAUGAUCAAUACCAAUGUCUUAAAUCCAUGAUAUUGGAUCAUAAAUGCUGUGUUAAUGAUCGUCUAUUUAUUUCAUAUUUAAAUGUAUUUAAAACAAAAUCUUUAUCAUUAACAAUAAAUUUGCAUUCCGAUGGCGAUGAUGCUAUCGAUAAUAAUAUUGCAAUUGUAUUAUUACAAAAUGAUUCCUUACUAGAAGAAUUAAUAUUUACAAGUAAAAAUCGUUUCAGCUUAUCUUGGUUUUCAUUUCAACCGAAUAUAUUAAAAUUAAAUCAACAUUUAAAACGAUUAACUAUUAAAUUACAUUAUAUACAUGAUUUAUUUAUAUUAAUUGAAAAUCUAUCAAAAUUAGAAUAUUUAAAUGUUGAAGUUUGUGAGGCUGAAAAAAAAGAUAAACAUGAUUAUAUCAAUAUUCGAAAGCAAACUGCGACAUUAUCAAGAGUAUUAAAACAAUUGAUUGUUCAUUCGUUGGAUUUCACUUAUCCUCGUUUACUAUUAUUCUUGGAACAAUUUCAACAAUCAAUUGAAUUGUUAAAAUUAGACAUGUCAAUUUCUGAUCGUAUCGAUGGUGAAAUAAUCGAAUCGACGAUUAUAGCUAAAAUGCCACAAUUAAAAAAAUUCGAAUUUCUUUUUCACAUGUUUGUCAAAGAAAAUAUUAAUAUUGAUACUGGUUUAAACAAAUUGAUAUCAACAUUUCGAUCAUCGUACUGGUUAACUCGUUCAGUUAUUUGUUAUCAUGAACGAAGUUAUCCUUGUUUUACUGUAUUUUCUUUACCAUGGACAUUGGAAGAAUCUGAGUCAGUGACAAAUGAAAUUAUUAACCAUCGUACAAAUACAACAGUGCCAUUGCAAAUACAAAAUAUUAAAUCACUUUUUCUUGCUUCAACAAUCAUAACAUUGGAAUUUUUAAAAUUUAUUCAAAAAACAUUUCCCAAUUUGAAAACAAUGAUUAUAUCAUGGUUUACGUGUACUUUAGAUCUUGCAGUUCUUGAAGAAAAAAAUAAAAUAGAACUAGCAACGAUUAAAACAAUAAAAUACUAUGGCACAACAGAUGAUUUAGAAUUUCUUGAUUUUUUGUUAUUAAUACCUAAUCUUCGUUGUUUGACUGUCGAUGGUAUUACUGUUCAUAUCAUUAACGGUUAUGCUCCUGAAAACGAAUCAUUAAUUUCUUUAUGUAAACAAAUAAGCAAUUUGUGUAUAUUCAGAAACGCUGGUCGUUGUGAAGAUGAUGAAACAAAAGAGACAUUUCCCAAUGCAAAGAUCAGUUUCAAUGACAUUUAA